GAAAGAGGCCCCUGGGCAGCGGGGGUGGGGGAGAUGCACUCAGGAAAGAUGGAGCGAUCUUGUUGAGUGUCCAAAGAGAGAAGCCCUUUGGGUAGAGAUCGGAAAGAGGGAAGAACCCUCUCACGCUGCCAUGAAAGGGGCUCCAAACCCAGGUGAGACAGGAGGGUCAGGGGCACCAGAGGCAAAUGUCACUUGUGCCUUUAAAACAAAGAGUCUGCGUUCAGUGGCCCCUCAGGAAGGCCAGUCAUUUCCUGAGGAGAUAUCAGGCGGGCCCAUGCUUCAUUGUUUCCAGUUUCCAGCAAUGGCUGCCAUUACCUGACCAGCACGACAGCCAGUCUCUCUGCGGCCGCCAGAAGUUACCAGAGUGGUUUCUCUGCUUUCUCAGGGCAGAUUUAUCUGGGCCACGUGGGAAGCGUCUUCUGCCCCAGGGGCAUGGCCCAAAGGCAGAACUAACUGCCUGAGGUCUUGGCUGUCAAGAUGCACCUGGAGUGGGCCCAAGAAGGCAAGAUGUGGCUAGGAGUCCUGCUCAUGCUUCUGCUGUGUCCAAGCCUUGAGGGACAAGAAAACUCUUUCACCAUCAACCACAUCUACAUGGAGAUCCUGCCAGGCCAGGAGGUGCAAAAUGGGCAGAACCUGACCCUGCAGUGUGUCGUGGACAUCAGCACCACCUCGCACAUCAAGCCUCAGCACUGGGUCCUGUUCUAUAAGGAUGACGUGCUGUUUCACAACGUCUCCUCCGUGGACACCACCGAGAGUUAUUUUAUUCCCCAAGCCCGGGUCUAUGAUGCAGGGACAUAUAAAUGCACCGUGAUUCUCAACAACAAGGAGAAAACCACCUCGGAGUAUCAGGUGUGGGUGAAAGGAGUGUCUGAUCCCAGAGUGAUACUGGACAAGAAAGAGGCAAUAGAAGGCGGGGUCGUGAUGGUCAAUUGUUCUGUCCCAGAAGAAAAGCCCCCAAUACAUUUCACAAUUGAAAAACUCAAACUACACACAAACGGUCUCAAGCAAAAAAGAAAAAAAAAAACGUAUGAGCAGAAUUUUGUGCUGCUGGAAUUCUCAGUAGAGGAGCAGGACCAUGUUAUAUACUUCCAGUGCCAGGCCACCAUCUUCUCUGAGAACCGCAUGGAGCUCUCGAGAAUCAUCAGGAGUGAACUGGUCACCGUGACAGAAUCCUUCUCUAAUCCCAAAUUCCACAUCAGCCCCGAAGGAGUGAUCACAGAAGGAGAUCAGCUUCACAUCAGGUGCACCAUUCAAGUGACCCAUCUGAUUCAAGCGUCUCCAGAAAUCAUAAUCCAGAAGGACAAGGAGAUUGUAGCGUACAAGAGCCAUGGCCGCGAGGCCACCUACUCUGUGAUGGCCAUGGUGGAGCACAAUGGCAACUACACGUGCAAAGUGGAAACGAGCCGGAUAUCCAAGGUCAGCAGCAUCGUGGUCAACAUAACAGAGCUAUUUUCCAAACCAAAGCUGGAAUAUUCCACCACCCGUCUGGACCAGGGAAAAAACCUGGACCUGUGGUGCUCCAUUCCAGGAGCACCUCCAGCCAACUUCACCAUCCAGAAGGAAAACACGACUGUGUCAGAGUCUCAAAAUUUCACCAGAAUCGCCUCAGCAAGGGACAGUGGGACAUACACCUGCAGAGCAAGCGUGGGCAGGGUGGUCAAGAGAAGCAAUGCAGUCCUGAUAACCGUGUGUGAAAUGCUCUCCACGCCCAGGAUUUUUUAUGACUCCAGCUCUGAAGUGAUAAAAGGACAGACCAUUGCAGUCAGUUGCCAAUCUGUAAAUGGAACUGCACCUAUUUCUUAUCACCUUUUAAAAGGAAAUAGCAUCUUGGAUAGCUGUGACAUGAACUCGAAUGAGCCUGCAGUAUUCAAAGACAAACCAAUGAAAGAUGUAGAAUACCAGUGUAUUGUGGAUAAUUGUCAUUCCCAUAAUGAAAUGGUCAGCGAAGUCCUGCGGGUCAAGGUCAUAGCCCCGGUGGAUGAGGUCAAGCUCUCUAUCCUGCUGAAAGAGGAUGUGGAGUCUGGGAAGGCCGUUGUGCUUCGGUGCUCCGUGAAUGAAGCGUCUGGCCCAAUCACCUUCAGUUUUUACAGAGAAAAAGAGACCAGGCCCUUCCACCAAACCACCUUGAAUGAAACCCAGGCCAUUUGGCACAACUCAAAGGCUAGCAAGGAGCAUGAAGGACGGUAUUACUGCACAGCCUUCAACAGAGCCAAUCGUGUUAAAAGCAGCCCCCAAAGCAACAUACUGACAGUCAGAGUCUUUCUUGCCCCAUGGAUAAAAGGACUUAUUGCAGUAUUUGUCAUUGGAGUGAUAAUUGCCGUCUUUAUACUUGGGGCCAGAUGUUAUUUUCAGAAGAAAGCCAAGGCCAAGCAGACACCAGUGGAGAUGUCCAGGCCAGCAGCUCCCCUUCUGAACUCCAGCAAUGAGAAGAUGUUGUCAGAUCCCAAUACUGAAGCCAACAGACAUUACGGUUACAAUGAAGAUGUUGGAAACCAUGCAAUGAAACCAAUAAAUGAAAAUAAAGAGCCUCUGACCUUGGAUGUAGAAUACACAGAAGUGGAAGUGACCUCGCCUGAGUCUUACCAAGAUUUCAUGGAAAACAGAUAUUCUAGAACGGAAGGCUCGCUUGAUGGAACUUAGGACUGCAGGAGCAGACACUCCUCCGCGGGGGGACACCCACAUUCCAAGAAGAGCAGAUGAUUCCCGUAUUCCAAGAGCUCUGUGCGCUUCCUUAUGAUCCUGCCCUGCUCCCACCGGACAUAGCAGUUCCUCAGGCCAAGUCACCAGUUCUUCAUCCCUCCUAAGACCUUUAUGUGGGGCACAGAGGGAUCCAGAGGGGCUGGUGAAUUCCCACCCAGCCCCCCUCUCACCAAGUUGGAGCACCCUCAGGAGUGGAGAGCAGCAGAAGGACGUUCAGGGUCAACAGCCUAUUGGGAUAUUUUGAAACUUGAAUAUUUUAUCUCAUACAGAGAUAAAGAACUUUUCCAAGUAUCUUCACACACACAAACCAUUUUUGUUUUGCUGUCGAUCACUUCCUAGCGAAUGGCCUGGCUUAGGGGCUAAUUUUUCUCUUUGCCUUUGGUCCUUCAAAGGCCUGUGGUUCUGGGUAGUCCUCGCUCCUUGUAAGGUCCACGGCACCGACCAGACAGCGGCACCCUGUUCCCUCCGUGACCUCGCCUGCCACAAACGCGAAACCAACGCUGUCUGGGAGUGUCCGCUUUGAGAUGCCAACUUGAAGCUCAGGUUCAUUCCGGGCAAUGCACAAAAUAGAAAACGACACUGGACCGAGCACAGAUGUUCUUAAGAUGAUUUUCUAUACCUUUUCUUUCUUUUCCUCUACCAUGCUGAAGGCAGCAAGACAGGAGGAUGUUGGCCUACAGCAGAUACUGUUUUUAAUAGAAAAACGAAAUACAUAUUUUUCUUACUAAUUUUUUUUUUAAUUUAUUCCUUGCUAAAGAAAUGGUCUCCUGAGGUCUUAAGAUGUUUCUGAUGGUGUCUUGAGUGGGUGGACGAGUAGCUGCGACCAUUUUGUGGUGGGAUUUCACUAGGGAGCAGAGACCUAACUGAACCCAUUUCCCCCAGCCGCCUCAGUGACACAGCUGCAAGGUUUUGUAUUAAAUAAAUUUGAUCUUUACUCUUCA